AUGCUACUCAAAAUAUUGUCUGUUCUGUUUCUAGCUCCAUUUCUUGUGAAAUCGUUAGACUCUACUUUGAAUGAUGAUGUAUUGGGUUUAAUAGUUUUCAAAGCUGGCCUGCUUGACCCACAAUCAAGGUUAAUCUCUUGGAAUGAAGAAGCUGACACUGCCUGCAAUUGGGUGGGAGUGAAAUGUGAUUCCAAUUCCAAUCGAGUGACUGAGCUAGUCCUCAAUGGCUUUUCUUUAUCUGGGCACCUCGGACGAAGCCUAAUAAGAUUACAGUUCUUAAGAGUGCUUUCAUUAUCGAAGAACAAUUUUACGGGGCCAAUCAAUCCAAUUCUUGCCCAAAUUGAGAACUUAAAAGUUCUUGACUUGAGUGAAAAUAAUCUAUCAGGACCAUUGCCAGAUGAGCUCUUUCGACAAUGUAGGUCUCUACAGGCAAUUUCACUAGCCAAGAACAACCUGACUGGCUUAAUCCCACGGUCCCUGACCUCAUGUUCAAUGCUGGAAAGGGUUAACUUUUCGUCGAAUCAGCUUUCAGGUCAGGUGCCUUCUGAAUUAUGGUCAUUGAGUUUGCUCCGAUGGUUAGAUUUAUCGGAUAAUUUGUUGGAGGGUGAGAUUCCUAGAGGGAUUGAGGGUUUGUAUGAUUUGAGAUCAAUUAAUUUGCGCAAGAACAGGUUUAUAGGCUGGCUGCCGGAGAACAUUGGAAACUGUUUGCAUUUGAAAUCUGUAGAUUUUGGUGAGAAUGAUCUUAAUGGGGGCCUUCCCGAGUCAAUGCGAAAACUUGGGUUUUGCAGAUAUCUUGAUCUAAGUGGGAAUUCAUUGACGGGAGAAUUUCCCGACUGGGUUGGAGAUAUGAGAAGCCUCAAGUUUUUGGAUGUUUCGGCCAAUAAUUUUUCUGGUCAGAUACCUAAUUCCAUUGGCAGUCUUCAAUCCCUGAAGGAAUUGAAUCUAUCAAAAAAUCAGUUCAUGGGAAACUUACCAGAGUCUUUCAUGAAUUGCAUAAACCUUAAGGUCCUUGAUGUUGGGCAAAAUUUGUUCACUGGUAACCUUCCUUCAUGGGUUUUUAAGUUGGCUUUGGAGAGUGUCUCUGCUUCUGAGAACAGAUUUUAUGGAAACCUCGACUAUCCUAAUCCGUUAUUGCUGUCAGCAUCCUAUCAAAACCUUCAAGUCUUGGAUUUGUCAUCGAAUGCGUUAUCUGGUGGAAUUCCGUCUGCUAUUGGGAAUUUCAGUAGAUUAAGGAUCUUAAAUAUUUCGAGGAACUCAUUAGGUGGUUUCAUCCCACCUAGUGUAGGUGUUCUAAACACCACCCUUAUUCUUGAUCUUAGUCACAAUCGGCUAAAUGGAAACAUCCCUGCUGAAAUUAGAAGAGCAGUUUCGUUGCAAGAAUUAAGACUUGACAGCAAUUUCCUGACUGGAGCAAUUCCAGCUGAGAUUGGGAACUGCUCGUCUCUAACCUCAUUGAUCCUCUCUCACAACAACCUUACUGGUCCUGUCCCUGUGGCAAUUGCAAGCCUAUCCAACCUUGAGGUUGUGGAUUUGUCAUUCAAUCAAUUUUCUGGGAGUUUACCGAAAGAACUGGCAAAUCUCUCCAACCUUGUAACAUUCAAUGUCUCCUACAAUCAUAUCAAAGGAGAACUUCCAGUUGGUGGCUUCUUCAACACCAUUUCUCCAUCAUCUGUCAUUGGCAAUCCGUCCCUAUGUGGCUCUGUCGUGAAGCACUCUUGCCCUGCUGUCCACCCCAAGCCACUGGUCUUAAAUCCCAACUCGUCCAACUCCAAUCACGGUUCUCUUUCUUCAAAUCUCCGUCACAAGAGAAUUAUACUUAGCAUAUCUUCCCUUAUUGCCAUUGGUGCUGCUGUUUUUAUUGCCAUUGGUGUAGUAACUGUCACAAUUCUAAACAUGCACGUUCGUGCUUCUAUGGCACGUUCUGCUGCUGCAUUCACAUUUUCAGGAGGGGACGAUUUUAGCCCUUCUCAUGGCACUGAAGCUAACUACGGAAAGCUCGUCAUGUUUUCUGGUGAUGCUGAUUUUAUAGGUGGGGAUCAAGCACUGCUUAAUAAAAAUUGUGAACUUGGGCGUGGUGGAUUUGGAGCUGUUUAUCAAACAGAACUUCGAGAUGGACGAUCUGUGGCCAUCAAGAAGCUUAAUACGACGAGUUUGGUUAAAUCCCAAGAGGAUUUUGAGAGGGAAGUUAAGAAACUCGGAAGGAUUAGGCACCAGAACCUUGUGGCACUUGAAGGGUAUUAUUGGACUCCAUCUUUACAGCUCCUCAUUAAUGAAUAUAUUGGUGGAGGAAGUUUGUAUAAACAUCUUCAUGAGGGAGAGUGCAAUGGCUGUCUCACAUGGCAACAAAGAUUCAAAAUAAUCCUCGGUACAGCUAAAGGCCUGGCUCAUCUGCACCAGAUGAAUGUUAUACACUAUAACAUGAAGUCCACCAAUGUACUGAUCGAUACUUCUUGUGAUCCUAAGGUUGGAGACUUUGGCCUGGCUAAGUUAUUGCCUGCAUUGGACCGUUACAUCCUAAGCAGCAAGAUUCAGAGUGCACUCGGGUACAUGGCUCCCGAAUUCGCAUGCCAAACUGUGAAGAUUACUGAAAAAUGUGAUGUCUACGGAUUUGGGAUUCUGAUUCUCGAGGUGUUGACAGGGAAGAAACCAGUGGAAUACAUGGAAGACGAUGUGGUUGUACUUUUUGACAUGAUGCGGGGAGCUUUGGAUGAAGGCAGGAUAGAGGAAUGCAUCGACAAGAAGCUCCAAGGUAAUUUUCCAGUGGAGGAAGCUACUCCAGUGGUAAAGCUUGGCUUGAUAUGUGCGUCCCAGGUGCCAUCAAACCGUCCAGACAUGGAUGACGUGAUCAAAAUUUUGGAACUAAUCCAAUGUCCUUCAGAAAGUCAAGAAGUUUUGGAAUGA